ACAACCGGUGAAACUGAGUCAGGAAGCUAGCCCUCAGUCCCAUUUUCCCUCACCCUCAGGGUACACUCCGGAUCCUGGGCUGGCUGGAGUAGUGACUCCUAGCUUCCCUCCGUCCUCACUGGAAGUCCCCAGAGAGCCUGAGAGUUCUGGCUGGGAGGCUGGCCUGGCCAGGACACGGUGUUCCCCGCUGGCCCUUGAGCCCUGCCCUGAGACCUAAAUUCCCACCCUGCCCCCACCCUGCCCUGCCCCACUAGUGACUGGAUCUCAGGAUUCCUGCAGAUCCCUGGAUGAGGUGAAUCCCUGGGCAUGGGGCAGCUCCAGAGCAGGGGAUGUGGAGGGCAAAAGAUGCUGGGUUGACACUCCCAGCAGGGUAGAUCCUGGGAAUCUGAUCUCCUGGCCUCCCCCACAUCCUCCCCCACCCCACUUCCUGGAGCAGCGACCUGCCCCCUUCCCGCCUGUACUCCCCUCCGCUUCCAGGGCUGGGCUUCUCCUCACACCAGCCAGACAGCCUACCCUCCACCCAAGGGAAGCGGCUGCCUCCGCCAGGCUGCUUCCAGGAAGCCCCAGGCCAGGCCCCAGCAUUGUUCUGGCCCCACGGCCAGCACUUCAGCCAGCCGGACACCAUGAAGUCCAGCGGCCCCGUGGAGAGGCUGCUCAGAGCCCUGGGGAGGAGGGACAGCAGCCGGGCCACCAGCAGGCCUAGGAAAGCUGAGCCGCAUAGCUUCCGGGAGAAGGUUUUCCGGAAGAAACCGCCAGUCUGUGCAGUGUGUAAGGUGACCAUCGAUGGGACGGGCGUCUCGUGCAAAGUCUGCAAGGUGGCCACACACAGAAAAUGUGAAGCAAAGGUGACUUCGUCCUGUCAGGCCUUGCCUCCUGCAGAGCUGCGGAGAAACACGGCCCCCGUGCGGCGCAUAGAGCACCUGGGAUCCACCAAGUCUCUGAACCACUCAAAGCAGCGCAGCACUCUGCCCAGGAGCUUCAGCCUGGACCCGCUCAUGGAGCGCCGCUGGGACCUGGACCUCACCUACGUGACUGAGCGGAUACUGGCUGCCGCCUUCCCUGCACGGCCCGACGAGCAGCGACACCGAGGCCACCUGCGUGAGCUGGCUCACGUGCUGCAAUCCAAGCACCGUGACAAGUACCUGCUCUUCAACCUUUCAGAGAAAAGACAUGAUCUGACUCGCCUAAACCCCAAGGUCCAGGACUUUGGCUGGCCUGAGCUGCACGCACCCCCGCUGGACAAGCUGUGUUCCAUCUGCAAAGCCAUGGAGACCUGGCUCAGUGCUGACCCACAGCAUGUGGUCGUACUAUAUUGCAAGGGGAGCAAGAGCAAGCUCGGGGUCAUUGUCUCUGCCUACAUGCACUACAGCAAGAUCUCUGCAGGGGCAGACCAGGCGCUGGCCACUCUUACUAUGCGGAAGUUCUGUGAGGACAAGGUGGCCACAGAGCUGCAGCCCUCCCAGCGCCGAUAUAUCAGCUACUUCAGUGGUCUGCUGUCUGGCUCCAUCAGAAUGAACAGCAGCCCUCUCUUCCUGCACUAUGUGCUCAUGCCCAUGCUGCCAGCCUUUGAACCUGGCACAGGCUUCCAGCCCUUCCUCAAGAUCUACCAGUCCAUGCAGCUUGUCUACACAUCUGGAAUCUAUCAUAUUGCAGGCCCUGGUCCUCAGCAGCUUUGCAUCAGCCUGGAGCCAGCCCUCCUCCUCAAAGGCGACAUCAUGGUGACAUGCUAUCACAAGGGUGGCCGGGGGACAGACCGGACCCUUGUGUUCCGAGUCCAGUUCCACACAUGCACCAUCCAUGGAUCACGGCUCACCUUUCCCAAGGACCAGCUGGAUGAGGCCUGGACUGAUGAGAGAUUCCCCUUCCAAGCCUCAGUGGAGUUUGUCUUCUCCUCCAGCCCCGAGAAGAUCAAAGGCAAUACCCCACGGAAUGACCCCUCGGUCACUGUUGACUACAACACCACAGAGCCCGCUGUGCGCUGGGACUCCUAUGAGAACUUCAACCAGCACCAUGAGGACAGUGUGGAUGGCUCCCUGACCCAUACCUGUGGCCCCCUAGAUGGCAGUCCUUAUGCCCAGGUGCAGCGAGCCCCCCGCCAGACCCCACCAGCACCCCCUCCAGAGCCACCCCCACCCCCACUGCUGUCUGUCAGCAGCGACUCUGGCCAUUCAUCCACACUGACCACGGAGCCAGCCACAGAGUCCCCUGGCCGGCCACCCCCAACGGCUGCUGAGCGGCAGGAGUUAGAUCGCCUCCUGGGAGGCUGUGGAGUGGCCAGCGGGGGCCGGGGGGCUGGGCGCGAGACAGCUAUCCUGGAUGACGAAGAGCAGCCCGCCAUGGGUGGAGGUGCCCACCUUGGAACAUAUUCAGGCCACAGACCUGCCCUCAGCCGUCACUGCUCCUGCCGCCAGGGUUACCGAGAACCCUUUGGGGUCCCCAAUGGGGGCUACUACCGGCCAGAGGGAACCCUGGAGAGGCGGCGGCUGGCCUAUGGGGGCUAUGAGGGGCCCACCCAGGGCUAUGCCGAGGCCUCUGUGGAGAAGCGGCGCCUCUGCCGAUCACUGUCCGAGGGGCCAUACCCCUACCCCCCUGAGCCGGGGAAACCGGCCAGUGGGGACUUCAGCUACCGCUCCCCUGGCUACCGGGAGGUGAUGAUCCUGGAGGACCCUGGGCUGCCUGCCCUAUGCUCCUGCCCUGCCUGUGAGGAGAAGCUGGCUCUACCCACGACAGCCCUAUAUGGGCUUCGACUGGAGAGGGAGGCUGGAGAGGGGUGGGUGAGCGAGGCUGGCAAGUCUCUCCUACACCCAGUACGGUCUGGGCACCCACUGCCCCUGCUGGUGCCGGCCUGCGGGCAUCACCAUGUCCCAAUGCCUGACUACAGCUGCCUGAAGCCACCCAAGGCAGGCGAGGAAGGGCAUGAGGGCUGCUCCUACGCCAUGUGCCCUGAAGGCAGGUAUGGGCAUCCAGGCUACCCUGCUCUUGUGACAUAUGGCUACGGAGGAGCAGUUCCCAGUUACUGCCCAGCAUAUGGCCGGGUGCCUCACAGCUGUGGGUCUCCAGGUGAGGGCAGAGGGUAUCCCAGCCCUAGUGCCCACUCCCCACGGGCUGGCUCCAUUUCCCCGGGCAGCCCUCCCUACCCACCAUCCAGGAAGCUGAGCUACGAGAUCCCUGCAGAGGAGGGAGGGGACAGGUAUCCGCUGCCUGGGCACCUAGCCCCAGCAGGACCCUUGACAUCUGCAGAGUCACCUGAGCCAGUGUCCUGGAGGGAGGGACCCAGUGGGCACAGUACCCUGCCUCGGUCUCCCCGAGAUGCCCAGUGCAGUGCCUCUUCAGAGUUGUCUGGUCCCUCUACACCCCUGCAUACCAGCAGCCCAGUUCAGGGCAAAGAAAGUGCCCGACGGCAGGACACCAGGUCCCCCACCUUGGUACCCACUCAGAGACUUAGUCCUGGUGGGGCUUUAUCACCUGUAUCUCAGGGAGGCACUGAAAAGGCUGCUGAGCUGCCAGCAAGAAGUGGACUUGAGCCUCCAGCGCCUAGCCCCUUCUCCCCAACCUCCUCUGCCAGCUCACCCAAUGACUGGCCUCAAGAGAGGAGCCCGGGGGGCCGCUCUGACAGUGCCAGUCCAAGGGGUCCUGUGCCCACCACACUGCCUGGCCUCCGCCAUGCCCCCUGGCAGGGCCUUCGUGACCCCCCAGACAGCCCAGAUGGGUCCCCGCUCACCCCUGUGCCUACCCAGAUGCCUUGGCUUGUGGCCAGCCCAGAGCCACCUCAGAGCUCACCCACUCCUGCCUUCCCCCUGGCUGCAUCCUAUGAUAUCAGUGGCCCUACCCAGCCCCCACUUCCUGAGAAGCGCCACCUGCCGGGGCCUGGACAACAACCAGGCCCCUGGGGCCCAGAGCAGGCAUCACCACCAGCCAGAAGCACCAGUCACCAUGUCACCUUUGCACCUCAGCUCCCAGAUAAUGUCCCCCACCCCCCAGACCCCCCCAUGCAAGAGAGCCAGAGCAAUGUCAAGUUUGUCCAGGAUACGUCCAAGUUCUGGUACAAGCCACACCUGUCCCGUGAUCAAGCCAUCGCCCUGCUGAAGGACAAGGACCCUGGGGCCUUCCUGAUCAGAGACAGUCAUUCAUUCCAAGGAGCCUAUGGGCUGGCACUCAAGGUGGCUACACCCCCACCCAGUGCCCAGCCCUGGAAAGGGGACCCUUUGGAACAGCUGGUCCGCCAUUUUCUCAUUGAGACUGGGCCCAAAGGGGUGAAGAUAAAGGGCUGUCCCAGUGAGCCCUACUUUGGCAGCCUGUCCGCUCUGGUCUCCCAGCACUCUAUCUCCCCGCUGUCUCUGCCUUGCUGCCUGCGCAUUCCCAGUAAAGAUCCUCUGGAUGAGGCCCCAGAAGCCCCAGUGCCCCCCAACAUGAGCACAGCGGCAGACCUCCUGCGUCAGGGCGCUGCCUGCAGUGUGCUCUACCUGACCUCAGUGGAGACUGAGUCACUGACUGGCCCCCAGGCAGUGGCCCGGGCCAGCUCUGCAGCUUUGAGCUGCAGCCCCCGCCCAACACCAGCCAUUGUCCACUUCAAGGUCUCAGCCCAGGGCAUUACAUUGACAGACAACCAAAGGAAGCUCUUCUUUCGCCGCCAUUAUCCAGUGAACAGCAUCACCUUCUCCAGCACUGAUCCUCAGGACCGGAGAUGGACCAACCCUGAUGGGACCACCUCCAAGAUCUUUGGUUUCGUAGCCAAGAAACCGGGAAGUCCCUGGGAGAAUGUGUGUCACCUCUUUGCAGAGCUUGACCCAGAUCAGCCUGCAGGUGCCAUUGUCACCUUCAUCACCAAAGUUCUACUGGGACAGAGAAAAUGAAGGAAGGCCACAAGCUCGGAGCCCACAUCAACACUGCACCCUUCCCAGCACCCCACAGCCCUCACUUCCCCUGGCCUAGACCCAGGAGACCCGGGAGCUGGCCCCCUCCUUUAGGAAUGGGGAGUGGGCAUGAGCCUGGGACACUGCUCUCCUUCCCCGCCCCCAGCCUGCUAAGCUAAGUGGAUGGGCAGUGAGAUGACCUUGCACGUGAGAUGGCAGAGAUGGGCAUGUGAAGGGUGAGGAGGCAUCAGCUAUUGAGCUCUGGAGGGGAUCAGGACAGCCCUACCUGCACAAGAACAUCAGCCCUGGAGAGGAGCCAGCUCCACCCAGCUGCAGGUCCCAGAAGGCAAGGAGAGGGCAGAGAGGUGUGGGAAGCAACACACUCCCUCCUCUGCCUUCCCCUCUGAACAGAGAGAUCAGAGUGAGAUCACAUGAAAAAGGGGGAAAAAAAGAGUCUAUUUUUGUCUAAUAAUAAAGAAUUUCUAUAAUGUUUA